UAUAACUGACGUGUACGGAAGUGGAUGAUUCCUGACACGACUUGUGGAACAUGGCAGCAGAUUCGGGCUCCGGGGACUGCGGACCGAGGAGGGGACAUUUGGCCGCUGUGGUGCUGGCCCGGGGCGGCAGUAAGGGGAUUCCCCACAAGAACAUUAAGAGGCUGGCCGGGAAGCCGCUCAUCGCCUGGGUGCUGCGGGCGGCGCUGGACAGUGAAGCCUUCGACAGCGUCUGGGUUUCUACAGACAGCGAUGAAAUUGAGAAAGUAGCAAAAGACUAUGGGGCGCAGGUACAUCGGCGGAGUGAGGAGGUCUCCAAGGACACGUCCUCCUCCCUGGAGACCAUACAGGAGUUCCUGCAGCAUCAUCCAGAGGUGGAUAUCGUGGGGAACAUCCAGGCCACGUCUCCGUGUCUCCACCCAGCGGAUCUUAUCAAGGUUGUGGAUAUGAUCCGCACUCAUGGCUGCGACUCUGUGUUUUCUGUUGUUCGGCAUCACCUGUUCCGGUGGCGAGAGGUGACAGCUCCAGGUGAGUUCACAGUGGCGGAGAACCUGAACCCAGCUCGUAGGCCGCGUCGCCAGGACUGGAGGGGUGAACUCUACGAGAACGGCUCCUUCUACUUCGCCACCAAAGAGCUGAUUGUUCGUGGCCUCCUGCAGGGCGGAAAGAUGGCCUAUUAUGAGAUGAAGCCAGAGCACAGCGUCGACAUAGACAUUGACCUGGACUGGCCAAUUGCAGAACAAAGGGUUAAAAGGUUCGGGUAUUUUGGUAAAGGGAUGUCCACAGUGGUGAAGUUGUUAGUCUGUAAUAUUGAUGGCUGCCUCACUGACGGCCGAGUCUAUGUCAAUCAAGAGCACGAGUUCACUUCCUACAGUCUGCGCGAUCUUGACGGGAUCCGGAAACUGCUGGACCGAGAUGUCACGGUCCUUUUAAUCUCGGAGAGAGAUAUCCGUUCAUCUCUGAUCUCCAAUCUGAAACUGCCAUGUGAGUUCGAGGUCAACGUCACCGACAAGAGGGCGGUGCUGCAGAGGUGGAUGAGCAAGAUGGGACUGUCCUGGAUCCAGGCUGCGUACAUGGGAUGCAGUGACUCUGAUGUGGAGUGUCUGAAGCUCGCCGGUGUUAGCGGGGUCCCAGCAGGCGCAUCGACAGCUGCCAAGAUGACUGACAGCUUUACUUGCACACAGGGAGGCGGCUAUGGCGCCAUCCAGGAGUUUGCUGAACAUGUUAUAAGCCUGAUGGACAGCGGGAGGUAACUGGACACUGACCACGACGUUAUCCAAGGAAGCUCUCCUGCUAUGUUUUACGUCUGUUCUCCUCCAUUAUUUCGCAGCAUGCCCUGCGUGCAGUAAUAAGAAUUUUAAUCUUAGUUUUUAUUUGAGCGAAGCUGCGAGCAGCUUGAAAUCUGUGUCCAGGCUCGCAGGGGUCAGUUUUAUUACACAUUAUGACGGAAGAAAGACGCUUUUUAUUUGUUGCCUUUUAUGUCUUUUCAUACAUUUUAUCUUAUAGGAAUGUGGGAUGUUGAGGGUUGUUGUUUGUGUAACGUUGAGUCCAUUGACUCGCUAUAUCCACAAGAUCCUCUAAAAUGUUUACAAAUAUUGGGAUAAAUCCAUGAAUUUGCUCUAAUUUAUUCUUUUGUGCCAUUGGAGAUUUUAUUUAAUUCAAGAUGCGGUUUAAUGUGUUUUUCUAUUGGCCGGGACCAUGUGCCUGCAAUAAAUACUAUAUGGUGACGAGA